GUAGCAGUAUGCUCGCGCCGCGGAUACGCGCCGCACGUUCCUCGCUCGAGUCCUUGCACACAGUGAGCAAGCACACAGCACAGGGGUUCAACGACUACGUUAGCGACGUACUCGCGUACUCGAGCCACUCGAUCUUCCUAUUGCUUCCGAUUUGUCACCGAUCCGAACCCAGCCCAAAAGGAUUUUGAUUCACUCCGUUUGGCCGCGGCCGUAGGAACAUGACAUUCCACUGCUAUCUCAAGGGAAACUCUGAUUGUGAGGUCUCGCGCGUUAAACUUGCUCGGUGGUUGACCCUUGCCUCUCCUUCUAAUCGUUUCGCGACCUGACACCUGUCAUGACCGACUCUCGCCCAACGACUUGCCACUGCAUUUACUCGUUUACCUCGUUCUAUCCAUUUAACUCGCUAAAAUGAAAAGUUAGCUCGAAGAACGAAAUACUUGUAAACGAAAGAACGGACAAAAUUAUCGUUUUAUACCUCUUCGUACAAACAAUAUGGAAAUAGAAAACUUUGGUGCGUCUGAACACGCGAUGUUUGCAUCAUUAUCCGUGGUAAUGAUUGAAAAAUUAAAGGAAUAACUUGGUUUCUUUUUUAACUAAUCUGAUCGACACGCAACUAUCGACAAUGCUUCCAUUACAUUACGCGAUUCUUAGUUUUUAAAUCGAUAACAAGAACAUGAACGUUUAAAAAAAAUCUGCAAAUGCUCGAGCACGUUUCUAGAUUUCGCUUAUCUCAGAGGUAAAGUUACAUAAGUACAAUUGCAAGCACAGCACUGAAAGAAUAAUAUCUAUUUAGAUAGAGAGAGAAUGGGCGAGGCAGUCGAUCGCUUUGUAUUUCGAUUCCCAAAUGGCAAGAUGGUGUUAAAUUGGAAAAGCAAGGGAGGGGCGUCGAUGUAACGAGUCUCCGUUUUCGAAAAAUAUAACGCGUCGUUCAGCUCGCUAUAAUCUUUUAUCUCGUGACAACUCGUUCGCGUUUUCUCUCCGCUCGAACGUCCACAUCUUCGCCUUUUCUGCUUUUAGCGUGCAGCUCUGUAUUCGUGGAGAACGUAAAAUGACAUCCUAAUCGUGGAUAUCGGUGGAUCCGGUGGGUAGCGAUCAAAAUCGUGAAAGUGUACCGAUCGGUGCGCCGACGUGCGAGUUUUCGCGCGGUGAUGCAGGCUGCCUGAUAUAACGCGAUCGCGUUCCAAAGAAAAACACUCGCGAUCAAACGACGUUCGAGUCUUCCAGCAAAUUAGAAGACCGUGGAUGCAGCCAGGUAUCGGAGGCGGAGGUGGCGCGGCCCACGUAGGUGGGACAGGUGACGACGAGGCUCCGAAAGAUCCCGGUGUUCGGAUCACUCAUCAAUCUUACACCGAGAAAGACUUUGAAGGUCACAGAGCGCACACGGUAUAUGUGGGCGUGCAUCUACCAGGCGAAAGGAGACAUCGUCGUCAUCACAAGCACCAUCAUUCUCAACGUCAGUUGGGAACAAGCAGUACCGAUAAGGAGAAUGUCGACAACGAUAGGCCCAGACAAUUGCUGAUGACUCGAAGGAGUCGACUAUCUAAUAUCUGCGAUCCCGACGGCGAGAUGAUACUUACACCGCCAGCCCAGAGGGUGCAGUUUAUUCUGGGCGAGGAAGUCGGCGACGAUGCACACGAGUCCCACCCCCUCUUCUCCGAGAUGGAGGAGCUCGUCAAGGAUGGUGACGAGAUGGAAUGGAAGGAAACGGCCAGGUGGAUUAAGUUCGAGGAAGACGUGGAGGAGGGUGGAAAUAGGUGGAGCAAACCUCACGUAGCGACGCUCUCGCUGCACGCUCUCUUCGAGCUGAGGAGCCUGCUGUUAAAUGGAACUGUGAUGUUGGACAUGGAGGCGGCGAGUUUGGAACAAAUCGCCGAUUUGGUACUCGAUAACAUGAUCAACAAGGGCUCCUUACCGAUCGAGGCGAGAGAAAAGGUCAGGGAAGCUCUUCUGGUGAGGCAUCGGCAUCAACACGAGAGACGCAAGGAUAACAACAUGUCCAGGCUACCAAUUAUCAGAUCCUUGGCCGAAAUAGGUCGAAAUCAUUCCUCUUCGAAGAAUUCCGACUGUACUUGUGGUUUGCAUGCGUUGUUGACGUCAGAUUUACAGGAGCGUCGCGACGCUAGGGACGCCUACGCUCCCUCCGUCGCUCGCAGUAGCAGUUGCCCGAAUUCGAAUACGGCUCUGCUUUCGAAAGAAGCGAAAGAUCUGAAAGGACCGUACCUUCUAGUUCCAGUGGAGGAAUCGAAUUCUGCCCCGGCGAUCGCCGGCGCUACAAGUCACGGCAGUGGGCCAGCGCUGAAUGCCGGUAGCCGCUUCCUUGCCAUACCCGGUAAUCCCGGCCAAGAACCAGGCACCAACGGGAUGGAUCGAAGUCCAAGCAGCGUGUCAAUUAGCCGAAAUCACAGUUCGUCCGCCUUAGAAAACGGAGACGCAAAUCACAAGGGUAAUACUCAUUUUAUGCGGAAAAUACCAGCUGGAGCCGAGGCGAGCAACAUUCUCGUAGGAGAAGUCGAUUUUUUAGAUAAAACGCUGUCAGCCUUUAUUCGGCUAAGCCAGGCGGGAAUAAUGGGUGACUUAACGGAAGUUCCUGUGCCAACAAGAUUUAUAUUUGUCCUGCUCGGACCUACGGGUGGAAUCACAGGUUUCCACGAGAUUGGCCGUGCCAUGGCUACGCUGAUGUCCGACGAGGUCUUCCACGACGUGGCGUACAAGGCCAAGAACAGAAAUCAUCUACUUGCAGGAAUCGACGAGUUUUUAGACGCUGUUACGGUUCUACCGCCAGGAGAAUGGGACCCUGCGAUCAGAAUAGAACCGCCUGCUGCUAUUCCUUCGCAGGAUGUAAGGAAGCGGCCAAAAGAAGAGAAACCGAAGGAAGACCUAGACGACGAAGCAGACGAGCAAAAGUUGAGGGAAGAAUCCGGUCUCUCGAGAACUGGCAGGCUUUUCGGUGGCUUGGUAAACGACAUAAAGAGAAAAGUUCCGUUUUAUUUUUCCGACUUCAAGGACGCGUUAGCUCUUCAAUGCGUAGCCUCUUUUAUCUUCCUGUAUUUUGCCUGCCUCUCGCCUAUAAUUACAUUCGGUGGUUUGCUAAGCGAAGCCACAGGCAAAAAUAUGGCCGCCAUGGAGUCGCUCGUUUCCGGUUUCGUUUGCGGCAUCGGAUAUGGAUUUUUCUCCGGUCAACCUCUCACCAUUCUCGGUUCCACCGGCCCGGUCUUAGUCUUCGAGACGAUAGUCUACGAAUUUUGCAAGAAAUCAGAUUGGAACUACAUGUCAUUCCGCUUCUGGAUCGGCUCGUGGAUAACACUGAUUCUGGUAAUCCUCGUGGCCAUCGACGCUAGCGCUUUCGUGUGCUACAUCACGCGGUUCACGGAGGAAAACUUCGCCACUCUGAUCGCGUUUAUCUUCAUUUACAAGGCCAUCGAAAACGUAUUGUCCAUCGGCAAAAAGUAUCCUAUAAAUACUCAUGCGAACGAACCGUUCAACUACGAGUGUUGGUGCAAGCCGCCGAAUGGCAGCCUACCGUCUAGCUACGACAACAUUAAUUGGACGGCGCUCGAUCAAAAAACAUGCCAGAGUUACAACGGCACGCUGGUGGGCGAUGGUUGCAACCUACCGCACUACAUACCCGAUGUGUUCCUCAUGUCAAUUAUACUAUUCAUGGGCACAUUCUUGCUAUCCGUCGAGCUCAAAGAUUUCAAGAACGCUCUCUUCUUUCCAUCAAAGGUCAGACAGGUGGUCAGUGAUUUUGCGGUGAUCAUCGCGAUAUUUUCGAUGAGCACGCUCGACCAUUUCGUGAAUAUUCCAACGCCCAAGCUCGAAGUACCGGAGGAAUUCAAGCCGACGUUGGCCGGUCGGGGAUGGAUGAUCUGGCCUUUCCAAAGCAAUCCAUGGUGGAGCGCCAUCGUCGCGUGUCUGCCAGCUCUCUUAGGCACUAUACUGAUUUUUAUGGAUCAACAAAUUACGGCCGUGAUAGUCAAUAGGAAAGAGAACAAAUUAAAGGCAAGAUGCGGCUAUCAUUUGGAUCUGUUCGUCCUUGCGAUCCUGAUAGAAAUUUGCUCGGUGAUGGGACUGCCCUGGUUCGUCGCGGCAACGGUGCUCUCGAUCAAUCACGUGAAUUCGUUGAAGCUGGAAUCGGAAUGUGCCGCGCCAGGUGAAAAACCGCAGUUCCUCGGUGUCCGCGAACAGCGUGUUACACACAUUUUAAUUUUUUUGAUGAUCGGCUGCUCGGUUCUGCUCACGCCAAUGCUGAGACACAUACCGAUGCCGGUGCUGUUUGGAGUUUUCCUCUACAUGGGAGUUGCUUCGUUGAAGGGACUUCAAUUUUUCGACAGAAUUUUAAUCAUGCUGAUGCCGGUUAAAUACCAACCUGACUAUAUGUUCCUUCGGCAGGUACCACUGAAACGCGUUCAUCUGUUUACAACGAUACAGUUGACUUGUUUAGCCUGCUUGUGGAUCAUCAAAUCUUUCAGCAGCACCUCCAUCCUGUUUCCUUUGAUGUUGGUGGUGAUGAUUGGGAUACGAAAGUCCUUAGACUUGUUGUUCACUCAACGCGAGUUAAAGAUCUUGGACGAUGUAAUGCCGGAACCAAGCAGGAAACACGCCGAAGAUCUACGACAACUGGAGAGCGGCGAGGAACAGAACGAGUCUAUGGCAUACGGACCGUCGGGAAACAUACAGAUUUCGUUAGCGAACGGCAACAUUAUGAAGAUCCCAAUGGCGAGCAUCAAUAUCAGCGAAGAGGUGAAUAAAACCGGGAUUUGGCAACAAGUGAACGAAGGCAACGAGAAAACGAAACAAGUGAAACUUAUCAACGCGGGAAAGCAGAAGAAGCACUCGAAGAAGGAAAACCUGUUGAUGGCUGACGAGACUACGAGGCUGACUACGAUGACCGAAGAGGACGAAGAUGACAGUGGAAUCUCUAUCAAGGUGACAAACGUAGACUUGAUACGAUCGAAGGAAAGCAUCAGCCCGUUAACGAUUAACGGCACUACUUCGGCCGAGACUUCUGUCUAACAAAAACAACGCUACAUUGGGAACGAACGCUCGCGAUCAUCUUUGAACGAUCACUCGAUCUUUGAACGAUUCCGAAGAUUCUGUUUUCCUUUAGUUCCAAUUUAAACGGUACAAAGCACGUUUUGAUUUUCCUCGUACGCGUUAUCGUCCAGUCAUGGUAAACGCGAUCAUAGUGGUCAGGAACAGUCGAGAAAAGUUAUUACAAGGACAAUAUUUUAUAGGAAAUGGAAUUGCACGCGAGAUUAUCUAAUUUCAUCGCGUUGUAGCUUGGACGAGUACAAUUAACAAACGCCAUUGACGGAUACCUAGAUGUAGCUGUCGUGAACCUUUUAUUCGUAAAAAAAGGAAGAAAAAAGAAACGCACACAUCAUUGAAACUUAAAGUAGAGCGAUCUAGAUUUAAGAUUGGAUCUGUUGAUAAAUCGACGCGUGAAUUGUCAUCGCUGGAUCUCGAAUCUAUUCUUGUCAGUGCGCAAUAACGUAUACUUGUAAUCUAGCGAUUAUAUGGAUUAAGUAGUUUGUGCCCAUAGAAAGUACGCCAAGAAAACCCCUUUGGAUAUAUCGACGUUUCCUUCGAGGGAUGUCUCGCAGAGGAGCUUGACCGAUACGCGUCGUCGAUCGUAGAGAAAGCGCCGAAAAGGUCGGUAUUACCCCCAGUGACGAGACUCAUUCUUCACCAACGCUCAUGCAACAUUAACAACAUUCCUUUAGCACGAUUGGAUUUUAUUAAAAUUGUUCGAGUUUCCAAUACACGUCAGAUACCGGCCAACAGCGACAAUAUAUUCAUUAUACGGUAAAUGUACAGCAUCUUUUUUACGCUGAGAAUAGGAAAAUUCGAUUGCGUGGAAGAAAAAAUUCGUACGCAAGGAUAUUAGAGAAGAGUUUUCCAUGUUUUUUAUCGAAAUUUUAGCACGACUGAAUUUCCAUGCGUAACGCCGUCCCUUGAAGGAUGUCCUUUUCGUUCGAAAAAAGGAAUAAUGAGAUUUUUAACGUACUGCAGUCUUUCAGAACAUUGCGCGGAUCGUUACACGAAUAGGCUGUUAUUUCUCCUUCUUCGCCGGUUUUCAACCGACACAGACACGGAAACGAACCGAUUGGUGCGAGAAUAUUAGAAGAGAAUAAUUUCAUACGAUAUUUUUCAAGCGACACGUUAUCAGAUUAUUACACGUUGGAAUAAACCUCCGAGGAUUUGCAAGUCCGCUCGAGAACUGCGUGAUAAGUUCGUCGAUAAAUGAGAUUAGGUCUUCGUAUUUAGUGAGAAGAUGAGAUAGUAGCACUAUAGAUUAAUAAUAAAGAGAGGUAAGAGGCAUUAAUAGGCCUCCACCUGUAUAUACAACAUAUAUUGGAACAUCUCUAUCGAUAUAUGUAUUAUACAUACAGCAAAGUACGAUACGAAGCAGCCGUUCGUCUUGAUGUUACGUGUGUUUGUAUAAAUUUAAGAAAGAAAUCCGCUCGCAGAUCUAUACACGCUCGCAAUGGGAAAGAUAUUAUAGAAGCGCAUGCGAGCGUUCUCGAUCCCGUUUCAGACACAUGUUUGCCAUAAGCUAACGGGCUACGAUCGUCAUUAUAGUAUUUUAAAUGGUUGUGAUUAGAAUUUUGAACAUUUUAUGGAUGAUGUGUAAGUACUUCCUAGUGAAAGAACAGUGAUUUCAAUAAUUUUGUAAAUCUUACGCGACGUAAACGAAAUUCUGCUUUAAAAGGUUCGCGUAACAAAUUAUAAUAACAGAGCAGUGAAUGCGCGUGAUACGGUAUUCCGCUAUAUUUUCAAUUUACAUAUUUUUUAAAAAUCGCGAACACAUUUGCUGCAACUUUUUACAAAGAUAUCACGAGAGUGUGCCGCGCCGUGUUUAGAAGACCUAGUUUCCUAUCCAACGUAUCUAUUUGCAACGGAAUACCGUUAAUGAUAAAGAUGGAUACCGAAGUUGAAAGCGUAGAAAUUUAUUUUAGGUACUGAAAUAGAAUUUUGUUACGAGCAAUAAGUUCAGCGUAUAUACGCGGAGUUGUUUAUCCUCGCAUAACAUCGCAUCGAACAUCAUUCAAUUUUCAUCAUGAAUAAAAGUGUACGUAACAAAUAACUUCCUUAAUGAUUAACUGUAGUUCGUAUAAAGAAUAUACACACUUUGGACACUUGCUUCGGUGGUCAUAAAUGUGUGUAUAUAUACGAACAAACGAGGAAACUCAUUGCGAGCAACAAUGUAUAUAAUCAGUUGCAAUCAUAUAAUUCGCUGCCAUGCAUGCAAUCGAUGUAUUAUUAGUCCUCCUUAACGGAAUUGCUGAUAAAUCCUGAUGAAAAAAGAAAAAGAAACAAAUACAAUAUUGAUUACCCACAAA